AUGGCAGUAUGUGUCGGCUUGUCUAAUUUUAUUGGUAAAUUUGUGCUAAAAAGUGUUGCACAGGGAGCGGCAAUUACAUGCUAUGUGGCACUGCAUCAACAAGUUAAGGGUAUAAGUGGUGAGUAUUUUUCAGACAGUAAUGUAGCUAAAACGGUCACCUCUUAUGUUAAAGAUGCAGAUUUGGCAAAGAAACUGUGGGACUUCAGUGUGAGCUUGACACAACCCAAGAGGAGGUGCAAGCAUCCACUAUCAUCGAAGAAUGAGAGGUAUGCAUUGAACGUGAUGGCCACCUUGCCGCCCAACAUGGUGGAGGUGGUUGGAAGUUGUAGACAUGAUGGUGACCAGAGGAAGAGAGAGUAUGGGCGAAGGUCGGGUACCUUGGAUGCCUCCCAUUAUGGUAAUCGAGGCUACUGCGAGCAUGGACAAGGACAGGGCGCCAAUGUGGGGGUGCCAGAUAUGGGCGCUGCUGUGGAGUUCCUUUGGGCAUCACUGGGGAGCGUGGUGGCCUGGUGUGGUGACAGAGGAACAUCCCAAGCGGCAUGGAGAGAUGGGUGA